AACCACAAGGCGAGAAAGUGAAACGUCAAGACAGGUAAGCCGACAUCCAAUUUAGUCCAGCAAGAUGGAUGUUUCCAAAGCUCAUGAGCUCUCCCGUCUCAUCAACUGACGUACAUUUCGAGCUCCACUCAUCAUUGUUAAAUCCCUUUUAAAAUCCAAUCCAAAAACACACACAGCGAUCACUAAAAUCCCCAAUGGAUCCUUGCCCAUUCGUACGUUUGAUCGUCGAAUCUCUGGCUCUCAAAUUGCCUCUUGCCGCCACCAAGCCAGCCGGUCCAGGGGUUCAUCCAUCUGCCACUCCAUGUUUUUGCAAGCUCAAGAUCAAAUCUUUCCCCUCACAAACUGCGCUUUUGCCGCUCUCCACAUCUUCCAACGAUGUUCCACCUGAAACAUCUAACUCCGCCUUGGGUUUCCACCUCGAUGCCACCGCCAUCCGCCGACUCUCAGCCAAGCCCAUCACUCUUCGCCUCUCCGUCUACACGGGUCGCAUGGGUAGUUCCUGCGGCGUCAAUUCCGGUAAGCUGCUGGGGCGUGGACACGUGAUUAUUGACCUUUCAGGAGCCGAGUCUAAGCCAAUUGUUUUCUUUAAUGGAUGGCUGAAGCUGGGAAGUGAGACUGAAAAACCUUCCCCUCGGCUUCACUUAAUGGUCCGAGCUGAACCAGAUCCUCGAUUUGUUUUUCAGUUCGGCGGUGAACCGGAGUGUAGCCCUGUAGUUUUUCAGAUUCAAGGGAAUAGUAAUAUCAGGCAACCUGUUUUCAGCUGCAAGUUUAGUGCUGAUCGAAACUCAAGAUCCAGAUCUCUGCCAUCAGAUUUCACGAACAAUAACGCCAUUAAUCGAGGAUGGAUGAGGACAUUUUCAGGAGAAAGAGAACGACAAGGAAGAGAGCGAAAAGGAUGGAUGAUAAUGAUCUACGACUUAUCUGGCUCGCCAGUGGCAGCCGCCUCAAUGAUCACCCCAUUUGUCCCUUCACCGGGAUCCGACCGCGUCUCUCGUUCAAACCCAGGCGCAUGGCUGAUCCUCCGCCCCCACGGCGUCUCCGUCAGCAGCUGGAAACCGUGGGGCCGUCUCGAGGCAUGGCGUGAGAGAGGCUCCAUUGAUGGGUUAGGUUACAAGUUUGAGCUGGUAACCGAUAGUGGCCCCAACAGCGGGAUCUCCAUUGCUGAAGCAACAAUGAAUGUGAAAAAGGGGGGACAAUUCUGCAUUGAUAGUAGAAUUAUGAGAGAUUCUUUGGUAAGUUUAAGAUCUCCGGUGAAAGGAUUCGUGAUGGGCUCGACAGUGGAAGGUGAAGGAAAGGUUAGCAAGCCUGUGGUGCAGGUUGGGGUGCAGCACGUGACUUGCACGGCGGAUGCUGCACUGUUUAUAGCUCUCUCAGCCGCCAUUGAUUUGAGCAUGGAUGCUUGCAGAUUUUUCUCGCAUAAACUUAGAAAAGAGCUUUGUCACGAUGAACAAGAUGUCUUCUCUUAAAACCCCGAUUCCUUCUUGUGCAGUGAUAACCAAGCACUAAUGGCUGGAGCAUAGAAGAUAUGUUUUACGCGUUCUUCCUUGAUUUGUUUGUUGAUUUUUUCCCCAGGCUUAGAAGUGUGGCUGCUGAUGGCUUUCUGGAUUCUGGGAGGCUUUUUCCAGUUGAUUAAUUCGCCAUGAUUUUGGUCCUCCAAGUUGAUAUAUAAAUUGAUCAUUUGUUGCUGGUUUUGAUUCA